GAACCACAACGUGUCCGGCUUCAUAUCUCCGUUUGCAGAUCCUCCCCGCCUGCACGCGGCAACUCUCGCAGAUCGGUUACAUCCAGCAGCAGCCGAUGUCGAACACACCAAUGAUGUCUAUGAUGUCUAUGGAAAAGGUCACAUGUUCGGAAGUGUCGUCACACCACCUGAAUUCGCUGUACUCGGAAAUGCACCGUAAUGGAAAGAAGGACAGUGAAGCAGCUGAAGACAGAUGAGUAUAUACUGAGCUGAAGUCAUCAUAUACAGAGAUAUAAACGCUACUAUAUGUACAGUGUUCGCUUAAUGCAGUACUGUUGUAAAGUUCGCUUCAGCAUGUGUAGUAGAGGCGCUUUAGAUAGCGCGCCUGCUAAAAACACCAUCGUAAAAGAAGACGCUCAACAUCAUAAAUAUUAUUAAACAAACGCAAUCACAGUGUGUACACCUACAGUAGCUGAUGACUCGAUAUGCAUACACUUUAUUAGGAGAGUGUGUGCUGAAUGUAAACCAAUUUUUUUUUUAACUGUGACCGUCUGCAAUGCAGGAUGUGCUGAAGACCCUAUAUUGCAUUUGUGUUUCAUUUGUAAAUCAGAGACUGUUAUCCAUGUUAAAUGUGAUGCAUGCAUUUCUGGUGCCACCCUGAAGCUCAUGAUGGAAGUCUUCAUAUCAAUCUUAAGUGUGAGAGAGUGAAUAUUUGGGUAUUUCAUCAGUAUGGAAGAUGAUGUGGCUGUACAUAGGGAUACAGUGGAGGAAAGCCUGGGCUUUGGUCUGCCCACUGUUUCUCUGGUCAGUCCAUUAGAAGGGAAUGAUGGUCACGUGACUGCAUCUCAAGAGCCUGAGGUUCUAAACUGUGAAUUCCAUGAUGGAGAUAUGGAAGCAGAAGAUGCGGUAAAUGAAGAAAACAAUUCCAAAAUUGAAGAUCUGAAUGAUGAUCAGAAGGAAGAUGAAAAUUUUGAAAAAGAAUAUACAGAGGCACGUGAAAGAGGUGAGAAAAAUGAAUGGAAGGAGUUACAGACCAAUGGAGAGUCCAGAUCCCGGAAUGCUGGAACUGGGAGGAAAGGGAAGUCCAAGAAGAAUGUAUUGGGGCAAGGGUCAUGUGAUCAUACACCUUUAUGGACAUCUCCAUCAUCCAUGCCUCAAAAAUAUUUCUCAUCUUCUGGACUCAGCAGACACAAGCAGGUGAGGCGACGGAACCACCAGCACAAUCAUGACCGUUUACGUCAGAAGAAUGGAAUGUGGCUGGUCGUGGCGUGUCGAGAUUUCCUUGUGGAGUCCGUUAGUCAGUGGUGCAUUUCCUGCAUUCAUAUGGUGGUAGAACUCAUAAUUUCUCUGGUGCACCACUGUGGGUUUGCUGUGGAAUUGUCGGGAAUUGCACUGUAUGACUUUGGAACACGCAUGCUGUGCAAGGUCACUGAUAUUCCAGGCAUGACGCAAGAUUUGCGGCUAAUCUGGGUCUGGAGCUGGUGUUCAGCUGUGGCUUUAGUAGAAGGCAUCAGCAGAACUACAUUUUGGGCUCGAUGCACCCUUCUGUCCGGUCUAAGGAUUCUCUGUGUUGCACUAUGUUUCGGCUCUCAGAUGAUCAGGAGUGUUCUGGCACAUCUGAUAGGAGAAAGAGGCAGAAAGUGGUGGAUUACUCUCCAGAGCAGCAGGAUCUGGAGCAAAGUGUGUGAUCUGACCAUGAAAAGUUACUGGCGUUUGUUUAAACGAGACAUCAUCAAAGAGAGUUCAAAUCCAGAGUUGCCCAACAGGGGGCAGGAGAAAUGGCAGUCUGUUGAAGAGUUGCAGAGACUGCUGGCACUGGCUAAGAUCCCUGAAGAAGAGUUGGACCCGUUUAAUGUUCUGGGAAUGGAUAUUAAUGCCACUGAAUCUGAGCUGAAGAAAGCAUACAGACAGCUGGCUGUACAGGUUCAUCCAGACAAAAACAAGCACCCGGGUGCUGGCGAGGCCUUCAAGGUGUUGAGGGCAGCGUGGGACAUUGUCAGUAACCCAGAGACACGGCGAGAGUAUGAACUGAAACGGGUGGCAGCGACAGAAAUUUCUAAAUCCAUGAAUGAGUUUCUGACUAAACUGCAGGAUGAUCUGAAAGAAGCCAUGAACACUAUGAUGUGCACUAAAUGUGAGGGCAAGCACAAGCGCUUCGAGAUGGACCGCGAGCCUACUGAGGCCCGAUUCUGUUCUGAAUGUAAUAAGUGGCACAGUGCCGAGGAGGGAGACCUGUGGGCUGAAUCUACAAUGCUGGGACUGCGUAUCACAUACUUCGCCUUCAUUGACAGCAAAGUCUAUGACAUCACUGAGUGGGCGGGCUGUCAGCGGAUAGGCAUCUCUCCAGACACUCAUCUUGUGCCCUAUCAUAUCUCUUUCAGCUCUAAAUGCAGUGGCCCCAGCCGCCACAGAUCUGCUUCAGAUCAUGCAGCCACUGCAGGUCCACCAGCAGACCUGCAGGACUUCUUCAGCCACUUCUUCCAGGGUGGAGCUCCCAGUGACGCACCUGCUAACAGAGGCUUCUUCCCAGCUGGAACACCACAGCCACCACAUCACGGCUCCAGAGCCCCUGCAGGAAUGUUUUCUGGAUCUCCGCCACAAACAGGGUUCUUUAGCCCAGUAGCUCAACGGGGCGACCCCAGCGAACACUGGACUGAAGAAGGAAAGCCCCCACGCCGGCGCAAGAAAGUUCGCAAGCCAUUCCAGUGCUGAGCAAUGCGAUAUCAUAUUGUCGUGGCUUUUGAGAUGGAGUACUGCCUGUUUCCAUGGUUUGGUACAAGAUGGGAACUAAAUAAUUCGGCCUCAAAGGAACAUUUAAUUGUUGACUUUGAAGUGUAGUUAUACACUGAAAUUAUAGUUUACCCAAAUUUGUUCUCCUAGAGGAGCAAGCGAAGAGAGAUGCAAGAAGGAAGAAGAACUUGCUGUUUUUUUUUUUAUUGGACACGUUAACAGAGAUUGAAAUGGCAUUCUUUCAAGAAACGCAACAGUACUUUUUGCCAGUUACAUACAUUUAUGCUUGUUUAUUUCUGGCUUGAUUAUUUGAAUCAGAUGUUCAGGAUGUGGCUGUGUGUUUUGUUAUUGUUUGUACCGUCACAUGUAUAAUUGACACAGACCUCAGGGAAGACCGUCUGUUCAUCUGCUAUUUGACAAGUAAAAAAAAAAAGUGAUUUUCAAAUGUUCCUGGGCGUUUGAUAUAGAGGAAUACGUUCAGCAGUUCAGCAUUAAAACAUAGCUUGAUAAUAAUUUUUUUCAUUUAUUUGAUCACAUUUGACGAAGGCAAAAACUUCAAAUAAUAAUUUGCUUUACAAAUAUUACAUGACAGUCUUCAUGGGAAAAAAAACAAACAAAAUAUGAGCCCAUCAACAGAUUCUCACAUGAUCUGAAUGGAGCUUUAAAUCAGGACAGAAAGAAAGGUUUGGGAUUUUCACAUUAAAACUGAGCAUGCUAUAUUUGUAGAAUGAAUAUUUAAUUGAUUCGGUUUAUGUUGUUCAUGUAGAGCAUCUCUGAAGCUGGAGGAGACUUCAAUGUAUUGUAUAAAGAAAUGAGAAAAUAUCAUAAGGAGUCAAAUUCCCUUUCCAGUUUUAGCUCAUGGUUAAAGUGCUUGUUUAAGACUUUUUAAAUGAACUAGACAACCCCCAAAAUCAAAAGAUUUGCAGAGGCUGUAAACUCAAGUUAAAAAAUGUUUUUUAUUUUGUAUUUCACACUAUGUUCUCCUGAUCUUUCAGACUGUGACUUAAUUUCAGUGAUUUUAGAAGGAAACAGAACAGACGAGUGUUAGAACGGUUAGACUGGGUUACCAUCAACCGCUUUAAUGUGGUGCUUUAAUUCAACUCUGAAAAAGUCUGUUAAUACAGCAGCACUUUUACCUCUUGACCACAAUUUAUGAUUGACCACUCUCUAACGCUAUAGUAAUGACCAAAACUAAAUAAAUAAUACAAGAUUACGUUGAUAAAUACAUUUAUUCCUGAAUCAUCAGUUUUGUUAAUCAUUUAACUUCAGUUAGUCUUAAAGACUUCAUUAUAUUCUUCAAGUUUUACAGAAACCUACCGGAAAUGACAAAUUUUGUAUUAUUUCUAUUCAUAACUGAAAAUGUAAUUGGUUUACCAGAAAUAAAACAAUGGAUCAUUUAGUUUACAGUGUUUUGUAUUUCUGCAAUAGUAUUCACUAGAACCUCCCCGCUGUUCAUUGUUUUAGUUGUAUGCUUUGUUAUCAGCAACUCUGUGCAAUGCAAUAUGCCACUCACCAUUUUAAGAUAUGAUCCAUUUAACUGUAUUCAGUUGUUGAGUUGAGGUUCUGAAGUUGAUGCAUUGAUGUAUUUAGUGCUGCAUACAAAGCUUUUUUUUUCUGUAUUGAUGGUGUUACAGUGAUCUCAUCUAUGUGCAAGAGAAUGCACUAGCCUAGAUCCCUCUAGUUCAGACAAUCAUUAUAAAGGUUCUAAUGUGCAGGAGACAUUUUUGCCAUCACCAAAAUCCUCCUGUUUUGCUGAUUUCCUCAAAUGCUUUGACAAAGCGUUUAAAUUUCCUGAGUGUUAAUGAGUGUGUCUAAAAGGUUUGUGCUUUAUAUUUAGAGUGUAUAUAUAUAGUAUUAAGUGAUUGUUCAUCAGUGCCAUAACAAAAAGCUGUUGAGCUUUAAAAUGCCGCCAGCAAAAGAGACUAAGGGUGGUUUCACAUAUAGUAUGUUUUAAAUGAACCAAACCCAGUUCAGGUGGUCUGAGUAUGGUUUAUCUGUGGGUCUUUUUAGUAAGGUCUGAGAUCAGUUUGGCUUUUGACAUAGUCAUAUCGGCCUGAGACCAAUUGGAGUGCUCAAAUGAACUAAGUGUCAAAACGAAAGUGGUUUCAUUUGUACACACGAGUAGUUUUUUGUUCUAUGUAAAAAUUGUGUUAAAAAUUACAAAAUGGACAACAAAUUGGGUUUAGAACAAAAGUACAUAUAGAACGGAACUUUUGACACUUAUGUGACAACAGACUUCUGACUCUAAAAGACAAAACACGUGACCUUUCUAGGAGAUGGCAUCUUUGAUACUUUAGUUCCAUGUUAUUUUACUUACCAUUUAAGAUAGCUGACAAUUAUCAAAUUAACCCAUAAUACAUUAUUUGUGAAGGUGUAAUAAAAGUCAUUUUGAUUUAGUUCAUAGUCAUACCACCUCUAAAAGAUUAUUCAGAUAAUUAAGCAUUAAUGCCAAAAAGUCCAUUUUCACCCUAACAUUUUUAAGUUUUGUUAAUUUGUCUGAGCUUCUCAAAAUGUAUCAAACUAAUCCAGUAUUUAUUUUAAAUCAGCUGAAAUUACAUGGCCUGUAGAUAUACAGUUUAGAUACUCAAUAGAUAAUUUUCCAGUCACAGUACCAUUUAGAUAAAGCCAAACGGAAAUGAAAUGAGGAUAUUGUCGUGGAAAAUUUUUGACGAAUCUCUCUAGGAUGCAAGAAAACUCUCGGAGUCCAGGGUUCCAGAUGCCAAAGUUAAAGUUUAUUGAAUCAUCAACAAACUUGAGUCCGGUCAGCUGUCCGUUCUGACUUUCUUAGUUCAAAACCUCCUCUUCUAUACAUUUUGUUUUCUGGUAUAGCCUUAUUUCUACACCCCUUCACUAUUUUUGUAACCAAUGGAUACUAUUCGUCAGCAUUAUCUCACAGAGCCUUUUGAUAUCUUUUUACUGGUAGAAACUUGGCUUUAGUCUAUCUUUUUAAUUACUUUGACCACUGGUUGUUUUUACUCCUUAUCUUCAGCUGUGUUUUCAAGGUUCAUAGCCUCAUUAUUUUGUUACAGCUGUGUGCUCUUUGUGGUUUUUGCAGCAUCAACACUUUUUGUAACCUCAUAUGCUCUCUACUUGGUCACACAAAGGCCAGGAAACUCAUAUAAGUACUUUGAUAUAAAAAACAUACUAGAAUAUUGAAAAAUUUACUAUAAUAUUUGAAGGUCUUUUUGCACAUAAAGAGGCAUCUAUGAUCCUCUCUGCAGCACAGGUGCUGCUAACACAUUCCUGAUGAUCUUGAGAGGUUCAAAUAAAACAAAC